AUGUUUGAUCAUAAUAAAAUACCAAGAGUGACUUCCUUCGGAGAACUGACGAAACAAGUGCACUUAAUUAAUGACCUGAUUUUAGCUGAUAUGACAUGUGAGGACGUGGACAAUUCAAAAGAAGCUGUGAGGUUCAGCAAGCAUCUCCUGGCUACAAAGUAUUGGUUCGCUCGCAUUUCGUACUCCAAUAAGAAGCGGUAUCUCCUCGCCCUACUUCACGACAUGCGCAGCGCGUGGGCACUGUCCCUGCUCCUCAAAUCUAUGUGGAACUGUCGGCCGAAGGAUGCCGUGUUAUCUACUAGCGAACGUAACGUGUAUACCAGUUACGACCAAGUGCCGAUGGACCACAACAGGACUGCCCUACCAGGGCCCACUCUGGCGCAAGUCAUGAAAAACGAUCGUAUUUGGUUCCUUUCACUUGAUCCGGAAUCACAAGCCCUGGUCCUGUCGGAACUGAUGACGGUGGCUGGUGGUCCAGCCAUGUGGGAGGUGUUGAAACUAGCGCGCACAUUGUUCGAACGGAACAGGGAGCUCAUGCUGAAGAACAUCCAGGAGUGCAUCGUGGUCAAUGAUCAAAAUCAGAAAUCAAAACAUGACUCGACUCAAACCCACGAUUCAAUUGAGUCUCCUGUGACAGCGCCGACUCCAGGAGAGGCAAAUAAAGUGUUGAACGCUAACCUGGCUAGUUGGAAUGCGACCAUCAAAUCAAUGCGUGAUAGCUUGAAACUGGAAGAAAUAGAAAUGAUUUUCAAUGACGGCUCAAAGAGAAAGAUCUGGAAGGUCAACCGAGUUAAACCUGAAGUUACUGAAACUGUAGACUUUAUACAAAUGCUACCAUCAUCUAUUGGUAAGAAGGUCCUGUCUUUUCUGCCUCGUGCGCAGCUGGGGGACUAUGCCAAGGUUAACAAGUACUGGGCGUAUCUAGUCGAGGAGUUGAAGGCGGAACUAGCUACUAGAGCGAAGAUCAAUACUGACUUCGAUAAGUUCCAUGAGUUAUUGCUGCGUCAUGACACGAGUUUAGAGUUCUAUGCUUCACAUGAUGACCAGGCUGCUCCACCCAGUUCCCAGGGGUGGAGUCUGGCCCCUUCCAAAGGACGUCAACCCUUACCUAGCAUGAGAGCCAGUGAACGAUCAGCUGGGGCAUACUCUUUAAGAUAUUUCUUGCCUAGCAAACUGGUCAGGCCGAUAAUAGUUCAAAAACCGAUACGCAAUAUGGCAGACUUGUCGGAGCGGCUCGAGCGGCGAGGUGCUACAGAUGAAAACAUUUGGAAGUGGUGCAACUGUAUUCUAGCACACGCCAAGAAAAUUAAACAGAUUAGAGAGAGAAUGGAAGAUGAAGAUGGCGUAUUGUGUUUGGGAAAUAAUGUACAUUUCCCUUGUCCUCUAAUGAAAGUCAGUAUGGAGAUUCCUUUAAUUCCUCCUUUGUACCAGGAUCCAAUAAUAAGCACUUCAGCUAAGCCAAGAAGAAACCUGUCGGAAUGUGCAUUCGUUCAUGUUCCAAAAGAAAUUACGAAGCGAUUUAGCCUCUGGACCCGAGAUCUAUCGACACUUUAUCGUGUUUUCAAAAUACCGUCUUACUUGAAUCCUGAGUUACCUACGGUGACUCUUCCGCCGAAAUUUCAUGAUACAUAA